AGUAACAGUCUCUAUGGUAACGCGUUCAGUCUGCUUCCACUCACUGAACAGAGUACCUCGUACCAGCAUGGACGAGCCAGUUUCGAGCGAGUGCAUUUACAACCUAUUGCCCCGUCCCGAAGAGCCACCCCGUCGCCGGCUCAAGUAUCUUUCAAAACAACGGAAAAUGGUACAAGAUGAAUGGAAUAGUAAGAAGACUUCACACAAAACGAUGGGUUUACCUAAGGUUGAGCCUCCUUGCCCAAAGCAUCAUCUGUUGAAGCAUUCCAAGGAACAAAAGCUACCAGAAAAAAAACCUUAUAAAGUCCCUGUGGAUGGAAUAAAAACCUCGAUUCCAUCUGAAAAGCCACUUAUGGGACUCCAGACCAAAAAAAAUUUUAUUGAAGCCAAUAUAGCUGAAGUCAAGAUGUCAGUGCCGAAGAAACCUGUACCCAUCUAUGUCGAUACCAGGAGAGGAAAUAAGAACUUAUUGGAACCAUCAGGGCUUCUUCCCACCCUCCUGUACAGAAAGGGCUAUGGUAAAGUACCAGAUUAUAUAAUCAAGCGGAAUGAAGAGGAGAAGAAAGCUCAAGAAGAAUAUGAUGCUUACGUAAAGGAGCGUAUUCGGCAAGGUUCAAUGAAGAUGUUAUCUGAAGAGGAGAGAAAUGAUGUGUUAACGGGACUGAAGCAGAACUGGGAGGAACUAAAUCGUGAAUUUCAAGGUCUUUCAAUAUUGAUAGAUACUCUUUCCAAGCAACACCAUAAACAAAAUCUUGAAGCCAAAAUGAAAAAACUCGAGCAAGACAUCAACCUGAUAGAGAGACAUAAAUUUAUAUAUAUUCCACAACACUAAAGAAUAGGGUAUGUUUUGGAAAAAGUAAACUGUAUUGUAAAAUGCACCCUGUUACCUUUUGAUCCUCAUAACUUGUCAUAUACAUUCUGCCUAUAGUUUUCAUAUUCAGACAAUAUAUGCAUGUAAAUGCAAAAAUGGAAAUGUCGUUGCAACAAGACUACAAUUCAAAUGUAUUAUUAUCACAAAUUCUUGCUAAUAUUUCUUUGACAUAGAAUUGUUUAAGGUAACAAAACAACAAUUUUCUGUGUUGUAUAAAGAUGCUAAAUAUUCAUUCUGUAUCAAGAAUAUUGGUUUUCUUGAGAAGCUAUCAAUGGAGUUGAAUCUGAAUCUAUCAUUUCAGACUUAAUAGUUUAAAAUUUACCAGAAAAGUUACAUCAAUAACAGAGAAAUAUAGUUGAAUAGUAAUUUAAUAGGAGUUGGCCACACAACAAAGCGUUGGAAAGUAUCAUCACACUCUGCAGGGAUAUUAUUGUAACAUUGUACUUCAGGAUAUAAAUUGCUGAACAAUUGUAGAGAAGCAUUAAGAAUAUAUGAAAAGGAAAUCAUUGCAAAUGUAUUCUACAUUUAUUUAGUAUGAACAAAAUAAACUGCAGGAAAAAAUA